AAUUCAGAAAAUAUUCUAAAAUGGUGCUUUAUGUAGAUUUUUAAUGAAUCUACUUUUAUUUUAGAAAGAUUUUGAGUGCAGGGCUUAAACGUGUAACAAAGCAUUUGCACUGUAACAUUGCUUCUUAAAUAAAAGAUCCCAACGCUUCAGAAGCUCUAAACGACCAACUCUUGUGAUGUGUAGGCAAAUCACCGAGGUUCACUUGAUUUUCGUUUUGUUCAAACAAGUUUUACCAGAUGGUCCUGUGUGCCAGAGGCAGAGCAGGCUGCCGGCGUGGUGGAGCUGUUCUGUUUUACACUGACACCGGCGCCCGGAUGGCUGACAGGCACACGUCAGGAGACGGCAGCAACGGCUUCAAUGGUUCUCCUCGGGAUCUUAAAGUUGAAAUAGAUCAUGGUUCGACCAAAAGGGCGAGAGAAGACAAGGACCUGUGGCCAAGGCCGCUGGCUCGAGCCUGGACCCUGAUGCUGUUCAUAGGCACGUGCCUCCUCUACUGCGCCAGGAUGGCCAUGCCGGUCUGUGCGGUGACUAUGGCGACUUCUUUCCACUGGAGCAAGAUCGAUGCCGGGCUGGUUCUGGGUGGAUUCUUCUGGGGUUACUGUUUCACGCAGAUCCUGGGCGGAUAUGCCAGUGACAAGCUCGGAGGGGAGCGUGUCCUGUUCAUCUCCGCCGCCUCGUGGGCUCUGAUCACAGCUGUCACUCCUCUUCUGGCCCACUUAGGUUCUCACAUCUUUGCACUCAUGACUAUGGCCAGAUUCCUCAUGGGACUACUGCAGGGUGUUUUUUACCCGUCGCUGGCCAGCCUCUGCUCACAACGGGUGUCGGAGGGGGACAGGGGCUUUUUAAUGAGCGUCAUGAACAGCGGGAGCAAUCUCGGAAUAUUGCUAGCAGGUGGGAUGGGGUCCCUGCUGCUGGACCAGUACGGCUGGGAAAGUAUGUUCUACAUAAUCGGUGUCCUUGCUGGACUCUGGGCCUUUGUUGGUUGGCUGUGUUUAUUAAAAGGUACGGAAGUUACCCCCCAGCGGAUGGAAACAAGCAGUGACACACAAUGGAGUAUGUCAACAACACGCUGGCUGAGUCUUUUUAAGGAGUCGUCAGUCCGGGCCAUGGUGUUCACUCACAUGUGCAUGAGCAGCACUUUCACAACAUUAAUGUCGUGGUUGCCAACAUACUUCAAAGAAUCAUAUCCUGACGCCAUGGGAUCUGUUUAUAAUGUAAUUCCAUGGCUUGUUGCAAUUCCAUCAGCACUUGCCGGAGGAUACGUGUCAAGUUUUCUCAUCAACCGAGGAUAUAGUAUAGUAUCGGUCAGGAAGAUAAUGCAGGCAGUUUCCAUGGGCCUAUCCAGUGUGUUUAUGAUGCUUCUCUCCGGAGACGUCCCAUUCACCUCUGCUCUGAUUUUCAUUUCUGCCGCAAUUGGUCUUUCCACCUUCAGCAGCAGCGGUGUGUCUGUAAAUGUACAAGAUCUGUGCCCAUCGUGUGCUGGCGCCGUGUACGGUGAGUUUCGGUCCACAUUUCAGUCCCAUAAAACUCUGCUGAUCGUUGCGUUGAUCGAUGAUCUUCUUUCCGCAACAGGUUUCAUGAAUAUGCUGGGUGCUUUCAUUGGAGUGGUGUUGGUUUCCGUGUCCGGUUACCUGGUGGAGGUGACGUCCUCGUGGGCCACAGUGUUCUCCCUCCUCACUUUGGUGAACGCCACGGGCCUCGGGAUCUUCCUCAUCUUUGGAGAAGCUCGGCGCGUCGACCUGUGAGGUCACACACGGAGCAAUCUUCUCCUGUUGGGAUUGAAGGAACUAGAGUAGCGCCUAGGUUUCACUCGGGUAUGUUUACAUAAAAGGAAAGCUGAGGGUGACCCAUCAACAAAUACGUUAAGAGAUGAAUUCAUUCCCAAUUUUACAACACACAAGUUGAUUUUACUUGAAGGAAGUUCAACUUACUUGGCCACUAUUAAAUACUUUUUGUAACUGAUCACAUCUUUUUUAAGGGUACAUUUUUUUCUGGCUGCUUUAGUUUAUUUUAUUGAAGUUGGAAGCUAUCCAUUGGUAAAUGCUCAAAUCUACUGGAAUUAAUAUGGUCACAACAACGGCGCGUGUCCUGUUGUGUGUUUAAAGCAGAUCUUCUACUUUUGAACAAGCUUCAGUGUUUGUGAUGGAUGAAGUGUGAGUUUUACAGUCGAAGGGCUGUAAAUUGUAAAUGUCUAUUCGUCUUGCUUCUGUUCAGCACAACAAAUCAAGAAAGAAUGGCAUUCGUUUUUCUGAGAUGAAGUACACGAAUGAGUUAUUAUGAAUAAACAUGCACAGUAUUUAUUCACACUUGUAUACUUUCACUUCAUGUCCAAGUCUUUUUGCUAAAAAGUCUUUGUAUUAAUUUACUCUUCCAUCGAUUUACACCCAAAUGCCUUAAAUGACAGAGUCAAAGCAUGUUUGGGGUUUUCUUGAGUUUUGACACAACAAGCCUCCCACCCUUACAUUUUGGGGAUUUUAUGCAAUUCUUCCAUGCAGACCCUUUGGAGACAUGUCAUCUUGUUUCCUGGGUUUGUUUUCUACCUGUCUGAGGCCUCCCUGGAUGGCUCAGUUUGCCCGAGCAGCCACCUGCAAGAGUCCAUUUUGUAUCAAACUUCUUAAAACAAAAAGGCCAUUGUGUUUUGUUUGUGUGCUGAAACCCAAUCCCGUCGUUCCUUUCACUGCAUGCAUUGGUUUCUGUUUUGGAAUGAUAGUUAGUAGUGAGCACUUAAAUAGAAUAGGUAUAGAAAUAGAAAGGUGUGUGCUUUUCCUCAUUUUGCCCGAUCAGUGGCCGUAGCUCAACUUUUGUAAUACAUAUAUUUAUUGUGUCUUAAGAAAAAAAGUCAAUGUUUUUGUCACAUGUCUGUUUUUUAUUUUAUACUGUAUUUAUGUGUAUUCAUAAAAAGCAAGGCGGCAGUGAAUGGGUUGAGUGUUUACAAAGGAUAGGGAUAAAUGUGAAAUAAAUCACAUCUUGGCCAAAACGCCUCCCCUAUCUCCCCCCAUCCCUGUGAAGAAUAAAAGCAUAUUAUUCAUCAUUAGCAGUCAGACACAGAGUUUACAUUUAAGGACAUUACGAAAUAUUGUACUAUGAUCUUAUACUUGCUUGUUUUUGCUUACAGAUCGACCUAAAGAUUAUUAAGCAUUCAGAUAAAAGAAUAUUUGGUUAUCGAUUUUUCUUUGUAGAACACAAUAAAAAGCUGUUUUUUAAUCGCUG